UCAAAACAUAAUACUUUUUUUAAUGACUACUUUUAUUUAAUAGCAUGUUUCCUUAAUCACUGAUGUCAUUUUAUGAUAACGUACAAUACAUUUUUUAGGUGUGGCUGCCUCAUGAUUUAUAACCCCAAUAUCAAUACUCAUUACCAUUUCCUUAAGCUAAUGUCUACUUGCUAAUGUUAAUUUAUUUUCAGAUUGGCGUAAGUGUGACUACAGAGACAUCCGACGAAAGAUCUGUGACUAUACAACCAAACACGACCAUUGCUUACAGGAAAAUAAAACUAAGUGUGCAACCAAACGGAGUCAUUGGUGAGUGAUUGUAAAUAUAAUUAUUACAAUGGUUGAAGGUCUGCAAAGAGCCGCAACUUGUUUCACAGUUCUGUCAAAAUAUUUUUGUGAUGUCAUGGAAAAUAAACUGCUAUGAUAUUUUCUCUGCCUCCCUUGAGACCUGCUUCCCGGUUCCGUUGUGACGGUAUCUGUUGAUUGCUAUAUCGGAUCUUAUGACGAUAUGAUGCCGGGCAGCACCUGGCUAACAGAGGAAGUUGCCAAGCUGAGUCCUAACUUUGAACUGCUUUCGGGUCUCAAAGCGUCAGCCAAGGCCUCUCUGCUCCAGCACCUCGUUUCAGCCAUGAGGCAGUGGGGGGUGGUCCAUCUACUGGAGAGGGUGCUAAGCCAGAUGCUCGAUGGCGAACUCCCCUCUCUGGACUGUGUUGAGGUCGAGCCUCAGAGAGAGGCCCUCCAGGGCAUACUGGAUGUCCUGUCUGACAAUGGACUGGAGACCGAGGACCCCAACAGUCCUCUUGGUGCUUUUCACCUCGUUACCAGUGCCCUGGCUGAAAUGCCGGAUGACGGCCUUGCUGUCCUGGUGUCGAGCUGCACUCCCCCAGAUCCCAAGAUGCUGAGAUCCCUGGAGCUGCUGAUGCAGUGUUUUAUCGAGAAUGGGGAGAUGUCUCUGAGCAGUGAUGACCUCGCUCCCCUGACCGAGGAGACCUUCCAGUUGACAGAGGAGCUCUUCAACUCCUGUGGAGUGGGUCUGCAGAGAGACGGAGACGUGCUGAGGACGAAAUUCAGCGGUACCUGUGAGCCGCAGCCUCUCAUCCUGUACAUUGCCAUCAAAGGCCUUGCUUCCCUAUAGCCUGGUGUUAAUUAGGGACAGGUAUCACCAGGAUGCUCACAAUAUGAUAUCACAGGGGUUUUCGUAGACCAUUAUUAUAUGGAUUGCGAUUCGUUGUAUUUUGCGAUACAAUGAUAUUCCCACUUUUAGUGAAAUGUUAUCUUUUGUUUCUGGCUUUCUAUUAUUUCUUUAAAAAAAGUUAUUUUAUGUCACCCUGACAAUUUUGGAAGCAAAGAAUUUAGAUUCUCACAUGAAUUUGAUGUUUUUAUACAAUUUGUUCUCAUUGCGUUUAAAUCAUUGAAUAACCUUAAUAAAGACAACAAUCAAAUUUGUUAUUUACUGCAUUCCAGCCUUCUCUCCCAUAAAAAAACAUAAAAGUUCUGUGUUUUAAAUCAGCAAAGGUUUAUAUAUUUGCUAGGUAUUUCAUUUAUUUGAUAGAUAUUAUGGCAUUGUAGAUAUUAGGCUGAUAAUUGAUGAUAUUGAUAAAUUCAGGCUCAGGGUUAUACAAUGUGAUUAUUCUCUAGAUUUAUCACUUACUGCCUUCAAUCUUAAACUGCUGAUAUAAGCUUAAACCCUUCUUAAACUAUGGUUCUUAAACCCCUCCUUCUUAUGAAAUAAAUCGGUUUUCCCUCA